GUCGGGUUUGACGAUAUAGACGCCGCGUCCAGGCAACACGGGUUUAUGCAGCGGCAAUUUGGAGCCAUGAUGCAGCCCGGCGUGAAUAAGUUCUCCUUGCGGAUGUUCGGGAGUCAGAAAGCCGUGGAGAAAGAGCAGGAGAGAGUGCAGACGGCUGGAUAUUGGAUCAUUCACCCCUAUAGUGAUUUUAGGUUCUACUGGGACUUGAUAAUGCUCAUCAUGAUGAUGGGGAAUCUAAUUAUCAUUCCUGUGGGAAUUACCUUCUUUUCCGAGCAAACCACCACCAGCUGGCUCAUCUUCAACGUGGCCUCGGACACCAUCUUCCUGGUGGACCUGGUCAUGAACUUCCGAACGGGAAUUGUGAACGAGGAGAGCUCAGAGAUCAUCCUGGACCCAAAGGUCAUUAAGAUGAACUACCUGAAGAGUUGGUUCGUGGUAGACUUCCUGUCCUCCAUCCCGGUGGAUUAUAUCUUUCUAAUAGUGGAGAAAGGCUUCGAUUCGGAGGUCUACAAGACGGCCCGAGCGCUGCGUAUCGUACGCUUCACCAAAAUCCUCAGCUUGCUCCGUCUUCUCAGGCUUUCACGCCUCAUCAGAUACAUCCACCAGUGGGAGGAGAUUUUUCAUAUGACGUAUGACCUGGCGAGUGCAGUGGUAAGAAUCUUUAAUCUGAUUGGCAUGAUGCUGUUGCUGUGUCACUGGGACGGAUGCCUGCAGUUUCUGGUGCCUCUCCUGCAAGACUUCCCUCCUGAUUGCUGGGUGUCGCUAAACGGUAUGGUUAACGACUCCUGGGGAAAGCAGUACUCUUACGCACUAUUUAAGGCCAUGAGUCACAUGUUGUGUAUCGGGUACGGAGCUAGAGCGCCCGUCAGCAUGUCGGACCUUUGGAUCACCAUGCUAAGUAUGAUUGUGGGCGCCACCUGUUACGCCAUGUUCGUGGGUCACGCCACAGCCCUCAUCCAGUCUCUGGACUCAUCUCGACGGCAGUACCAGGAGAAGUACAAGCAAGUGGAGCAGUACAUGUCCUUCCACAAGCUUCCAGCUGACAUGCGGCAGAAAAUCCACGAUUACUAUGAACACCGCUACCAGGGAAAGAUCUUCGACGAGGACAGCAUCCUUAACGAGCUCAACGACCCGCUCAAAGAGGAAAUUGUGAACUUUAAUUGUCGUAAGCUGGUGGCCACCAUGCCAUUGUUUGCAAACGCAGACCCUAACUUUGUGACGGGAAUGCUGAGUAAGCUAAAGUUCGAGGUCUUCCAGCCUAACGAUUACAUCAUUCGCGAGGGGACCGUGGGUAAAAAGAUGUACUUCAUUCAGCAUGGAGUGGCCAGCGUCAUCACCAAAUUCAGCAAAGAGCUGAAACUCACCGACGGAUCCUACUUUGGAGAGAUCUGCCUGUUGAUUUGCAGUCCCCCAGUGCAAACCCCUAUAGCCAGCCGAACAUUCCAGUAUGGAUCGCCGACGGCCUCCCAACUGUCCCUUGUACAGCAACCCUUACCCCAGCAGCCCUCGCCUGCCUCCAUUCCCCAACAACCGCAAGGGGCGUCCCCUCAGAGGAGCGAUGUCCACAAGAGCACGCAGGCACUCCAGUCAGGUAGCCUGAGCAAGGACAUACGCCACCUCUCUGCCUCGCAGCCGUCACUGCCCCACGAGAUCUCACUGGCUGCCCGGGCACAUCCCACAUCGGGCGAAUCGCUCGCUUCCAUUCAGCCACCCAUGGGAUCUGCAGCAGGCGUCCAGGCCCCGGGUUCCGUUCCGCAAAGCAGCAUCCGCACCAACGUUCCACAGAGGGUUGCUCUUUUCCGGCAGAUGUCAUCGGGCGCAAUACCGCCGGUGCGCACGGUGCCCUCUAGUGCCCAGCACAGGGAUUCCACGGGCUCCAGGAGAGAGUCGGCAGUCUUAAGUAGUACAGAGACGGAACAAGACAAGAUGCGGUUCGCAUCGAAUUUAUGAUCCCGUUUUACUUUUUUUCCAUGUUCAUUUUUUUAAAAGAUAUUUUGAUUGAUUUUUACGGAGAGACUAAAAAAUGGGGAAAAGACUCGUAUUUUUUUUCUCCAACUUCCUCUGAGAAAAAAAUAAUAACCUCAUAGCUAUCCUGUACAGAAUUUCCUUGUAUUAUAUUUUAGACACACCUCCCCUUCAACUUAUAUUAAGAAUGUAUAUUAUACAAAUAUAUAUAUGAGCAAAUCCAACUAGAAUAUUUGGCAUUGACCAUAUGGAAAAAAAAAACUCUAGUAUAAACGCAAGUCUUCCUCUCUAACAUAUGUGACUAUAACGUGUCAGAUGAUGUUCUUUUCUGUUGAUGUUUUCCUUGCGGUUCGGAUUUUCGUUAUCGUUUUUGGUACUGGAAUGCUUUUGAAUGUGUUUUCUUUACCGUUUUUGUUCUCAACGAGAAGAUGACAAAACAAGUCCAGCAUUCAGCAUCUUUUGGCAUCACUGUGGAAAAUGUCUGUGCAAAUCAAACCUGGGAAAUACUGAAAUGUUUAAAAAGCACAUCUAAAAACUUUUAGCGGCUGGAAAAAAAAAUAAUAUCAGAAAAUGCUCGGAGCAUCAGAUCAAGGUGCAGAUUCGAUCUCUGCAAUACUUUGUGUUGUGCAGUAAUUGCUUUGCGUUUCAAGACAGCAUUUGUGCAUUAAAGGGAAUCAAUGUAUUUUUUUCUGUUUUUUUAUUUUAAUUUAUUUCAUUUUUACAAAGGAUGUGUGGUCAAAUCGGAUGGUUUAUUUUCUAUAUCUGAUUUUAGAACGAGAUGGACAUUAUGAAAUGUCACUUAAAGACUGUACAUUUACAAUAUUUAUAAAACUAAAGAUUAUCACCAUUAUGCAAUAGACUGUGAUAUAAAGAUUACCUAUAUGUGUGUUGUACAUAGUUUUGUAGACCUAGUAUUUACAAAAGUAAUGUGUGGUGCAUUUCUCAAACAUGGCAAUGUCUUAUCUCUGUCAGCCGCCUGGGUAAUGCCUAUAUAUGCAUAUAUAUAUAAAUAUAUAUAUUCAAAUGGUAAUAUGUGACAACAAACAUCAGAAACAUUCAUUAGAGAUAAGAAAACCUUAAUGCAAAUAGUAGCAUUACACUGUAGGUAGUAAUAAAGACAAUAUCUGAAUUCAAAAAUAUCAUGCUGGUCAAAGAUAAAGGCAUAUGAGAGAUUACAGUGGCAUGACACCACUGCGGUGGGGGAGGGGGGUUAUGCAUCUUCAUCAUCAUCAGCAGCAGCAAAGCUUAAUGCAUUUUGCCUAUGUUACAUCGUCAUUUUAGUAUAUUUAUUUGAUAAUUUCCUGAGCUGAUGUAACAAGGAAGCCAUAGGCUGCCUGCAUACAUCGAUAGAUGCUUUGUUUUAUAAUACUUUCAUAUUAAUAGUGU